GAGGAGAUGACUUCGCUUCAGAAGCGAACACUUUCUGAAAAAAUGCCGGCAAAGCUUCCCAGUCGGAAAAAGGUUAACUUCCUAGAUAUGUCUCUAGAUGACAUUGUAAUCUGUAAAAAGUUUAAAAAGACAAAUGCUGAAAUAGAAAAAAGUGAAAGACAGAUUCAUAGUAAAAAGGAUUCGCCUUCAAGACAGCAAUCAAAUGAUCAUGGACAUCGCCAUCAGAAAGGCUACUCAGGAUUCAGAAGCAACUCUGAGGAAGGAAAUCAUGAUAAACAACCAUCCCAAGAACCUUCUGGAUUGAAGUCUGGACAACACCCUUUAAAUAGGCAGCCUUUAUUUGAGCAGGAGAAGUACGAUGACAAUUAUAAGGCCCAUGCAGAGAAGAAUCAAGGCCAGUCAGAGGGGAACCUGCAUCAAUCAGAAGGAAAUCUGGACAAAUCAGAAGGAUCUCAGGGCCAACAAGAAGAAAAUCAUCAUUCUGAGCAAUCCCGAUACCACUUAAAGAGAUCUCAUUGUCAAUCAGAGAAAUCUCAAGGGCAACUAAAGAGAUCUCAUAGCCAAUCUGGGAGAUCUCAUGGCCAAUCUAAGAGAUCUCAUGGUCAUACAGAGAGAUCUCAUAGCCACUCAGAGAGAUCUCGUGGCCAAUUAGAGAGAUCUCAUGGUCACUCAGAGAGAUCUCAUGGUCACUUGAAGAGAUCUCAUAGCCACUCAGAGAGAUUUCAUGAUCUCAUGGUUACUCAAAGAGAUCUAGCCACUCAGAGAGAUCUCAUGGCCAAUCAGAGAGAUCUCAUGGUCACUCAAAGAGAUUUCAUAGCCACUCAGAGAGACCUCAUGGUCACUCAGAGAGAUCUCAUAGUCACUGAGAGAGAUCUCGUGGCCAAUCAGUCAGGGAGAUCUCAUGGUUAA